AUAAUUUUGACGUGCUUGUACGAUUAUUUCUCGCGACGAAUUUGGCAACGCUGGUGUUGUGUGACAACUUGUGUGUCAUCGUGACAGUUCCGUGCUUCCAGCUGUUUGUGUGUUUAUCUCAACGAUUAUCUUGUGGCUUGUCCAGUUUUCCCUGAGUUUACCAAUAUUUGCAGCAGUUGUACUGUUUUGCAGUUUGUUUCCAACUUUCUGGAAAAUCAUUUCCAUAAGCUCGUUAGACCAAGAUGUCUAUGAGACCGGACGACCAUCGUAGAAAAUGGGACAAGGAAGAGUACGAAAAAAUAGCCCUAGAAAGGGUAAAAGAAGAGAAACUAAAAAAGGAUGAAUCUGACAACAAAAAGAAAGGUCCUCCAGUUAAAAGAGAGAUGCUGAAGAUCAGAGAGUAUAAAGUUGAUUUGGAUUCAAAGCUCGGAAAGAGCAUAGUGAUAAACAAAAAUACUCCAACAUCGCAGUCUGGUGGGUACUACUGUAAUGUGUGUGACUGUGUGGUCAAAGAUUCCAUCAACUUUCUGGAUCACAUCAAUGGCAAAAAACACCAAAGGAACCUGGGAAUGUCAAUGAAGGUAGAGAGAAGUUCGCUAGAUUCUGUAAAAAAGAGAUUCGAAUUGAAUAAGAAGAAAAUGGAGGAGAAGAAGAAGGAGUAUGAUAUGCAGCAGAGGUUGCAAGAGUUAGCUGAAGAAGAAGAAAAGCUGAAAGAAUACAGGAAGGAGAAACGAAAAGAAAAAAGGAAGAUAGAAGAGCUGCAGGAAGAUGAACCUCCAAGUGAAUUAUCUAGCAUAAUGGGAUUUUCAGGUUUUGGCUCAUCCAAGAAAAAAUAGUAAUUCAAAUGUUAUAAUCUUUAUUGAUAAUUACCUAACAAAAAUAAUAUAGUUAUAAGUAUGAACAUCCACUUUGUGUCAAUUUCCAUGUUAGGUACCUAAAAAAUGUAAAUGUAUCAAGAUUUAUGCAGAGUACUCUAGAAUAACGAUGAUGCACACAGAGUACAAAAAAUUCCUAUGGAGAAAUGUCC